CCCAAACCCCCCGCCACCAUGGAUCUCUCCUUCAUGGCAGCGCAGAUCCCGGUGAUGACGGGCGCGUUCAUGGACUCGUCGCCCAACGAUGACUACAGCACCGACCACUCUCUGUUCAACUCUUCGGCCAGCGUGCACGCCGCCUCCAUGGCGGCCCACGGCCCGCCUGAGGAGCCCCAGUCCAUGUCCCGGGAUGCCAUCUGGCUCUGGAUCGCCAUCACUGCCACCAUCGGGAACAUAGUAGUCGUGGGUGUCGUGUACGCGUUCACGUUCUGAGAGUAACUGAUGUGAGCCGGGAUGUUGGAAAGAAACUGGGAUUUAUACUGG